AUGGAUUGCCCUUUAAAAUCUUUAUUUCGUUUUUCUCCCCUUCUUUUUCCCCUUCGUGGGGGACUUUUUGUAACAAUUUACACGGUAGCUCACAGGGAUUUUCCAUUGCCGUUGCCGGUGUCGGGUUUUUUUUUAUUCCUUCAUUUCGAAAGAUAA